GAUCUUAAAGCAAGAAAGACCUGAAUUGGCUGCACUAGCAGAUUCUGUGGACUUAAUGGAAUCAACAGGAAUUGCAUCAGAUAGCUCAAGCGAUUCAUCCAGCUCGUCCAGUUCCAGCUCAUCAGAGUCCAACUCUGAGUGUGAUUCUGGUUCUGAAGCUGAUGGAAUGAUGCAUCAACGGAAGAAAAGAAAAACCUGUGUAAUGGUUGGCAGUGGUAAUUCAGCUUCUCAAGACGACUGCCUUAGCAAGGAACGGAGUUCCUCCAGGUGACCAUGAUGGAUGGAGUUCUAUCAAACUGCACUGGCCCUUUAAUGAGAACUUCAGACAGUUACUUGAAACACAUAAGUAGCUCUUAGAAGAGUAGUACUUAGUGUGUUUGAAAUAAAUUUUUAUCAUAAGUUAUAAUGUGCACUACAAGUACUGCAAGACAGUGUAACAUCAGUUUUGAAAGUAAUUUUUAUUAAGAAAAAAUGUACAGGGUUAAUUGCACUUCCUAUUAAGUUUUUCAUCAAAAUGACUCUUGUACCCAUCACCAGUUUCAUUUUUUUAGUCUGUUGGUAAGUAAGUAAAAAAGUAAAACUAGAAUAGAAACUGCUAGAUUUUAGUAAUCCCAGUGAAACUUUGGAAGGUGUUUGACAAGAAAGGCAAGAAAUAGAUGUAAAAAAAAGCUCAUUUUUAUAAAAUGGAAGAAAUCCAUUUCUGCCUGUUAUAAUUGAGAUUCUGUAUAACCUAUCUUAAAUUGGCUAUAAAGAGUAAAGCUGGACUUUUUCACAUGUAUACAUCAUUUUCCCUGAUGCGACAGUAUUUAAUGGUGACCGCUACAUUGAGACGAAUUCUUUUUUAAUUCUGGAAGUAUUGUGGCUGGAGACGUCUGAUGAAGCAUAAAGUCUCAAAUCCUUUUUAUUUGACAGCAGGAAGAAUUUUUAAUAUUGAUUUUUUUUUUUUUUUUUUGUUCUAAAUGCUUUUUAAUGAAUGCCAAGGCACACUGAAGCAUGAUAGAAUAAACCUUUUUGAACAAUAAAUGGUUAAUAAUAAUGAA